AUGAGACCGCUCCUCCCAUUUGUCGCCUUUACUGGCGCUGUGUUUGCAAGGGUAAACAUCAUGCUCCCGUUCUAUGUAUAUCCCACACAGCCAGACUGGCAAGCGACUAUCGAUACAGUCAACGCGCAUCCAAACCUUCACUUUUACUUGGUCGUAAAUCCUUCCAACGGCCCUACCAAUAGCACCCCCGAUCCGUACUUCAAUUAUACACACGGCUAUAAUACGGACUGGACCACCGGUGUCGCAAAGCUCAACAACUUGGCUAAUGCGCAGACAAUCGGGUAUGUCUCGACGUCAUACAACAACGGCAAGAACAACCGCACGAGAGAGGCAGUAAUCGCCGACAUCGACAACUGGUCCCAGUGGAAAGAACAGCAGAGCGACAACAGCCCAAACGCUAACAUAUCCAUACACGGGAUCUGGUUCGACGAGACCAGCGUUGAUAGAGAGAACUACGAAUUUUAUCAAAAUCUGACAGCACAUGCCAGACAAGCAUUCAACGCCUCCGAGGCGCCCCAGUAUACCUCUGUGCUGAACACGGGCGUGGCACCAGAUCCAGCAUACGAGCGCGAGCUGUUCGACCUUGCGGAUGUCGUCGUCACACGAGAAACAUGCUGGCAGUACAAUUCGACAGAAAAUGCCGCGGAAUGCCCCAUGCCUUAUGUGCACUACGACGUGGCUACUUUGAAGAAUAGCAGCGGCCUGCCAAACCAUACAGACCUGUACCCAAAGGCAUCUGUCAUCGUGCACUACGUCCGCCCGGAGCCGGCGGUGGAUGCGACGAUACUGGCAGACCAGAUCAAGAGGACCGUCGAGUUGGGAAUCCACAGUUUAUACUUUACGAGUGCCAAGCUCUGGAACAUGACCACGAUCGGGCCAGCUACAGUGGGUGCCGUGGCAGAUGCGGUUGAUGCUGCUCAACCGUAA